AUGUAUCUAUCUAUCUAUUUCAGUCUGUUUAUAUCUAUCUAUCUAUCUAUCUAUAUUUUUUUACAUCGAGUACUUUUCUUUUUCUUUCAUUCUUUUUCUUUUCUUUCUUUUUUUCAUUCUUUCCUUUUAUACCUUUUCUUUUUUUUGUUUCUCUUUGUUUCUUUUCUCUUUUCUUUUCAACUAUUUUGUUUCAUUUUACUUCUUUUUCUUCUGUUUUUGAUUUUCUUUUUGUUUUGUUUUUUUAAUUUUCUAUCUCCCUAUUCUUUUAUUCUAUUUUCCCUUUUCUUUCUUUCUUUCUUUCUUUCUUUCUUUCUUUCUUUCUUUUCAUCACUCUUUCCACCCAUCUUUUCUUUUCCUUUCUUUAUUUAUCUAUCUACUUCACCAUUAUUUCUUUACUUUUCCCGUUCUUUCUUUCUUUCUUUCUUUCUUUCGUUCUUUCUUUCUGUUUCAUUCAUUCAUUCAUUCAUUCUUUCUUUCUUUCUUUCUUCAACACCUUCUUCAUUUGUUUAUUUCUUCCUUCUUUUUUCCUUGAUUUUGUUCAUUUUCGUUUUCUUUCUUUUUUACACCGUUUCUUUUCACAUCUUCUCCUCCUGCAUGAUUCACUUGCGUUAG